AUGUUCCUCUUUGUAUUUCCUCGUUCGCCUUCAUUCUCAAUCUCUCCCGGGGUUUACAAAAUUUCCGGUCUAAGACUUCACUCUUUAUUGGCUGACAAGCUCUACACUCACUUGCAAAACAACCCCACCAACCCGGAAAGAGCUUUGAAUUUGGUCAAGCCUAAACUUGACGCUUCAUGUAUUAAUGAAGUUUUGCAGAGGUGCUCCCAGAACGAAUCUCAGCUGGGUCUUAGAUUUUUUGUAUGGGCUGGCUGUCAGUCAAAUAAUAGACACAGUUGUUACACGUACGACAGGGUUUGUCAGUUGUUGAAGGUCAGGGAAACCCCGCAAGUUGUGUUGCAUUUAGUCGAGGCUUAUAAGGAAGAGAAAUGCGCCGUUAGUGUCAAGAUGUUUAAAGUAGUUCUUCAUUUGUGUAGAGAGGCUAAGCUAGCCAAUGAGGCUCUUUCUGUGUUGAGGAAAAUGUCUGUGUUUGAUAUUCGUCCAGACACCAAUGCGUAUAAUUUAGUUAUUAGGUUGUUUUGUGAGAAGGGUGACUUGGUUAUGGCUGACAAGUUGAUGGGAGAGAUGGGGUUGAUUGACCUCUAUCCUGACAUGAUCACUUAUGUAUCAAUGAUCAAAGGUUUUGUUGAUAUUGGUAGACUGGCAGAAGCUACUCGUUUGUUGAAGGUGAUGAAGAGAACUGGUUGUGCACCUAAUGUUGUGGUGUAUUCAACUCUUCUUGACGGGGUUUGUAAACAUGGGAGUAUUGAGCAGGCUUUAGAGUUGUUGAGUGAAAUGGAGAAAGGUGGGGAUUGUUGCCCAAAUGUGGUCACAUAUACCUCUUUGAUUCAUGGUUUGUGUGAGAAGGGUAAGACAAUGGAUGCACUUUUCAUUUUUGAUAAAAUGGAAGACUCUGGUGUGUCUCCAAAUAGGGUGACAGUUAGCACUUUGAUCAAUGGUUUUUGUGCAGACAGUCUUUUGGAAGAGGCUUAUAAGUUGAUUGAUAGAAUUGUUGCGAGAGGUAGUGUAUCUUUUGGUGACUGUUACAGCUCUCUUGUCGUGUGUCUAUUGAGGACAAAGAAAUCUGAAGAGGCAGAGAAGGUCUUCAGGAGCCUUUUAGCUAGUGGAGCCAAACCGGAUAGCCUGGCAUCCAGUCUUAUUAUUAGGGAACUUUGUUCCAAGAUAAGGGUGCUUGAUGGGUUUUACUUGUAUGAGGAAAUUGAAAAGAUGAGCUGUUCAGUUACCCUGGACUCUGAUAUCUACUCUAUAUUGCUGCUUGGGCUUUGUCAGCAAGGUUAUCUUGUGGAAGCUGCAAAACUUGCAAGGUCAAUGCUUGGGAAAAAUGUGCGGCCCCAAUCUACUUAUGUUGACGAAAUAGUUAAGCAUGUAAAGAAGUUUGAGGAUAAGGAACUGAUUGGACUAUUUGGCUUGUAG